AUGGCGGAAAUACAUAACACAACGGAUUUCAAAUCACAUCUGAUUGUAGAUAUUGACGCGAACAGGUAUUUGGCCAACAAUAACAACCUAGACGUUGAAACAGAGAAAAUGAAUGAUGUAGACAUAGAUUAUGGGUUUGAGAAAGAAGAAGCCAAUGAUGUAAUGGGAAUGAUUUUUGAUUCUCCCGAAGAUGCAUAUGAUUUCUACAAUCGCUAUGCGUUUUUACAUGGAUUUGGAAUACGUAUAUCUUCGUUUUUUAAAAAUAAGACCACAAAUGAGCCUUAUCGAAGGAAAUUCGUGUGUAACAAAGAGGGUUUUAAAGACAUGAAAUGCAAUAGUUCUAAUGGAGAUGUUAAGAAACGUCGUAGAGAAUUAAGGACCGGAUGUGAAGCAUAUAUUCGGAUUUCAAAAAAUAAAGAAGGGAAAUGGUUUGUGGAUAGAUUUAACGACUCACAUAAUCAUGAGUUAACUGUUACUCCUACCAAAGUAAUGAAACAUCGGUCUCAUGGAAAGUUUCACCGCUCAAUGGCAUGCAAAGCCCUAGUAUCGGAACUUGGUCAAUCCGGGUUGAAACCUUGUCAAAUCAAGAAGGUCGUAAAUACCAUGAAAGAUUCAAAUGAAAAUGAUGUCUCAUCAAAGCAAUGUGCAGAUAUCUUAGCAGAUCAGCGGAAACAAUAUAAAUGUAAGGAAUUUUAA